AAAUAAAAUGUGUAAAUAAUUAGAAGGAGAGGGGUACAGACAUAAAGCAGCGGGUUUCACGGUACAAAAGGACGAGGUUGCAAAAGCUGUUUUAGUGACACGUGGCAAUAGUAGCAGCCGUAGAUUCGCAUGCAGAUGCAUACCAUCUUUAGAUUACUCCUAGUUGAUGAUCAAGACAGGAUAUAGCGUAGAGGGAGAGAGUCAAACAGUGCGUGUUGUAAAUGUGUGUGAGAGAGACUCUUAUACGUAUUCUCACCGAGGGUAGAGACUAGAGAGAGAGAGAGGUAAAAAAGCUGAUGUUGUUUUGCAAAUUAAACCGAAAAAGAAAAAAGACCAAAAAGAGUGAAAUAAAUCCGAAUAAAAUAAAUAGUUAAAUUGGUGGUGGCAGAGAAGAAAAAGAAGAAAGAAAAAAACAAAAGGAAAGAGAAGAAGGCAGUUGCUUUUGGGGAGGCCAUGGCGGCGUGGCAGAGCUGUUAUUCUGCGUCUUUAAUGCCAACAACACACACGCAGAAGAGCCACAGAAUUGAAGGAGCCGAUUAAUCAUCUCCUCUCCUAUUCGCUUACCACAAAAACCCUCUCUCUCUCUCUCUCUCUCUCUCUCUCUAUAGUUUUCUCUCUCCUAAAACCAUACAUACACACACUCGUCCUCGUUUAAAAUUAAAGCUUGGAGAGGGUAUGUAGAAAGGAGCAAGUGUUGCUUAAAAUCUCCACAUGCAAAUACUGGGCAGUAGUGAUUCGGGCAGAAAUCAGAAAUUGCGUGCCACAUUCCCAAAACAGCAAGAACUAAAGCGCAUCAUAUCAAGGCUAUGGAAGUAACACAUACAAAAGGAGCUCAUCAGUUGGUUCCGAGAUGGCCGGCUUUUUCUCACUAGGCAGCGGAGCUGGUCGCCCCAGCGGCGCCAACAACCCCGAUCAGGAGAGCACCAGCCACAACCCCAACCACAACCCGCCGUCGGACCUCAAUCCGGAGAGCUGGUUCCUGUUCAGAAAUGAGGAGAUUUCAUACAAGGGUUUCGAGCUGUGGCAGCCGCAGCCGCAGCCGCACCAACACCAGCAAGCGGAGAAUUUCCUGCAGCCGCGGAACCCGCUGCAGGAUCUCUACGCGUCGGCGGGAGGGCCGAGCCGACUCAGCAUCGGCGAUGAUCAGUCGCCGAGAUCGGGGUUCCUAAUGAUGAGGAGCAGCGGCGGAGGUGGGAUCAGCUGCCAGGACUGCGGGAAUCAAGCCAAGAAGGAUUGCACGCACAUGAGAUGUAGAACUUGUUGCAAAAGCCGAGGGUUUCAGUGCCAGACCCAUGUAAAGAGCACUUGGGUUCCCGCUUCCAAGAGGAGAGAGAGGCAGCAGCAGCUGGCUUCCUUGCAGCGCCGAGACACGCCGCCGACUAGAGAGAGGGAGAGAGAGACCUCCAAACGCCACCGAGAGUCUCCCAAUCCUCUUGUGUGCACUCGCAUCCCCACAACCACGUCAGGGUUGGAGAUGGGGAAUUUCCCUUCCGAAGUAAGCGCAGAGGCAGUUUUCCGGUGCGUUAGAGUGAGCCCCAUGGAUGAGGCCGAGGAGCAGUUGGCAUACCAAACUGCGGUCAACAUCUCCGGCCAUGUUUUCAAAGGAAUUCUGUACGAUCAAGGCAGCGAGGCUCAGUACAUGCCCGGUGAGACUUCUUCCGGCGGCGGAAGCGUCAGCGCCGGAGCAGCUCAACACCUCAAUUUAAUCACCGGGGCUCCGGCCACUGCCACCACCUCCGCCGCUCCGCCCUUUCUCGACACUUGUUUAUUCCCGCCCCCAAUUCACUUCGUUGCCGGUACGCAAUUCUUCCCACCUCCAAGAUCUUGAGAAAAAAAUAUUCCCUCACAUUCAUCUUCUCUCCUUCUCCUUGUGUUAUGACUUAGUUUGUAGGGGUAGUGAUCAGCUUUUCCACAUAGAAUGGUGUGUUACUGCAGCUGUAAAAUGGGGGUGAGAAUGAGAAUGAGAUAGAAACAAAAAUAUUGUAUUUGACAGACAAAAGAGAGAGCAGGAAAUGAGGGGAUUAUGUUUGAUUUUUAGUUCAUAUUCCGAUGCAACCGUUGAAUUAUUAUUCUUGUUCCAUUUGAAAUUGCCAUAAAAAAAGGUUUCUAUUUUGCGCUGUAAA